CGAUGGUGUAAGAAAAAGACGAGAUGUUGUAAUCGGCCUACGCGCUGUCUCGUUAAAGAUCGGAGAGAUAUUUUCAAGGAUUUAUAUAGCCACUAUUUCCCAUUAUAUAAAGGUCAUUUGGAUAGAUCACAUUUCCAGUUAAGACGUUAUAGUCAUGAUGAGAAGUCUGUUUCGGUCGAUUCCCAAGCGGCUGGGACCUAAUAAACUGGUUUUUUGCCGGUUUCAAAGCUCGAACCCUCAAAUGUCAUUUCCUUGCGUCGAUCAGGCACAGGAACGCAAUCGCAGAUAUGAAGAAAGUCUUCAGCAGUUUCAAACUUCAAGUAAUGAAGAUCCAGGGGCAUGCAUAACUUCUCCUUCGCUUGCCUCGGGUCCUGAACCCAUUUAUGGAAAAAUUGUAUCGGGUUUCAAAAAGUUCAACUAUAAUAAUGUUUUCCUUUGUGAUCACGGUGGUAUUUUACCUAAAUUUGAAUUGGCUUACGAGACCUGGGGAACUUUAAAUGAAGACCGCUCAAAUGCCAUUCUUUUGCAUACUGGUCUUUCUGCUUCUUCUCAUGCUCAUUCUCAUCCUGAUAAUCCUCAACCUGGUUGGUGGGAACAAUUCAUUGGACCAGGAAAAGAUUUAGAUACUAAUAAGUUUUAUAUCAUUUGCUGCAACAUCUUAGGAAGCUGCUACGGUAGUACUGGUCCUUCUUCUAUUGACCCUGGCGAUGGAAAACAUUAUGCUACCCGGUUUCCCAUCAUAACUGUUAAUGACAUGGUUCGUACUCAGAUUUUGCUUUUGGAUCAUCUGAAAAUUGAUAAGCUUCAUGCUAGUAUCGGUAGUUCUUUGGGAGGUAUGCAAUCGCUAGCUUUUGGUGCUUUAGCACCCCAUAGAACUGCACGUAUUGCCAGUAUCUCCGGUGGGGCUAGAUCUCAUCCUUAUUCUAUUGCUCUGCGUUUCACACAACGCCAAAUUCUUAUGAAUGACCCUCAAUGGAAUAGAGGUUUCUACUAUGAUGGCAUUCCUCCUCACACAGGAAUGAAAUUAGCUCGUGAAGUCGCCACUAUUUCCUAUCGAUCUGGACCUGAGUGGGAACAACGUUUCUCCACUCGUCGUGCCAACCCUGCUGUGCCUCCUGCCAUGUGCCCAGAUUUCUUGAUUGAAACAUAUUUGGAUCAUGCCGGAGAAAAAUUUUGUCUUCAAUAUGACCCCAAUUCCCUUUUAUAUAUCUCCAAGGCCAUGGACAUGCACGAUAUGACUGCUUCAAAUCAAAAGCUCCUGGCCGAAAACCGAAAGAAAAAUCAGCAUAAACUUGAAAAAUAUUUGGCUGAGAAUCCAAAUGUCUCACAAGAAGACGUGAUUAAAGCAAAUUCUAACAGUGUUGUCUUGCCUGAUACCCCAAUUGAAGAAAUUUCCAAUGAGGAUAGGACUCCUGAACCUGAUGUAGAUUCAGAUUUAACCGCAGGUUUAGUCCCUCUACGAAAUAUUCCAACCAUGAUUAUGGGUGUGGAAAGUGACAAUUUAAUGCCUGUCGCCUGUCAGCGUGAAACUGCUCGUUGUUUGGAGAAGGCUGGAAAUGAUAAAGUUGUAUACCAUGAAUUAAAUGCCGACGAAAGUUUCUAUGGUCAUGAUACAUUUUUGAUUUAUCGUAAAAACUUUAACUUGGUUGGAAGCAAGUUAAAGAACUUCCUUGAACAGAGUUAGGACUGGUGUUUAUAUAUAGGCACAAGAAACUAAUUAUGAAAUUGAUUAAUAUGGUAUUUAUUUCUCGUCACGAAAACCGUUUUCUGACUUUACUUUUAUACGAUUUUGGGGUUUCUUCUUUAAAAUUUCGAUCAUACGUGAAUGUCCGUGAAAUUGCUGGCUUUUAGAGACUUGGUUUUCUUGUAAAACUUCGCGGUGUAGCAAAGUUUGGUUGGUUUUAUUUGUGUACCUUUUAUUUGCGAUCUCAUUACAGAAAACCAGAGUAUUUCUUCUACAAUAUAGCCUAAUAUUGUUACGAAAUAGACUUCGCAAAAAAUAAAAAGAAGUGUGGUCUACUAAUAAAUUUAAUAAAAAAGAAUCUAGUACAGCUUACUUUCUUAAAAUACAAAAGACAUG